GUGUUCAUUAAAAUAAUUCCCAUUUGAAUUUCUUUUUGAAAAUUAUUUUUCUUUAAUCUUCUCAUGGGUUCCAUUUACGGCCUGUGAAGUGUUGAAGGGGGCUGCUGGGGCUGCUUUAGCCACUUAUGCUCUCUCUCUCUCUCUCUCUCUCUCUCUCUCUCUCUCUCUGGUCCAUAGUAAGCGAGUAAAAGGGAAAGGAAAGGAAAACUAAAGCCUUUCUUGCUAUGCUUCUCUUUCAAGUCUCUUAUCAUACCCCUGUCUGAUUCAGCUGUGUUAGCCGCUGUUUUUGGUAUGCAGGACACAAAGAAGCUUUAUUGUGUGUGUGAUUUAUAUGGGAAGUUUGUUACUGUUAUUGUUUCAGUUUUUGCAUCUGGGUUACUGAAUUUGACGUCAAAGGGUCUCGAUUCCUGUUCUUGGAUUUUGUAGAGAUAAAAGAGCUUAUCCCCAAUUCUCCAGAUGAUGAUAUGUGGAAAUAAGCAGCUUUCUUUCGAUGCUUUAACUAAUGCUUCUGGGUUUUGCUUAGUUUGUGUUAGGAAGUGGGUUUCUGUAUAGGUGGGUUUGUUUUCUUGUAGUUUGAUAUGGAUUUUUUGCACCUUUGUGCUGUUCUCUGAUCGUGAAGUUGAGUUUUUGUCCUUCUAAUGGAUUAAAAUCUGCUUCAGAGAAGUCUCUAAACACAGCCGGGUUUGUAGGAAUUUUUAUACUUGUAUAUAACUUUUGAGUUAUGAUCAAGCAAAUACUUGGUAGGCUUCCACGGAAGCCAUCUAAAUCAUCUGAGAAUCGUGAAUUUGGUGGUCCAUCUGCACCUUCAAAUACUUCCAUUACUUCUAGGAGCAGUGAUCUUGUGAAUAAUAGGCCUGUCACUUUAAACAAUGCAUCUCCUCCGGCCUCUGACUCUGCUUCAUAUUUAGGUUAUGGUCAUGGCAGUAAACCUACCCAGGCUUUGAGUCCAAAACUGAAUGGCAAUUCAGUAAUUAGUCCUUAUGAGCCAUUGCCAGGAUUUAAGGAUGUCCCCAAUUCUGAGAAGCAGAAUUUGUUUAUUAGAAAGCUGAAAUUGUGUUGUGUGGUAUUCGACUUCAAUGAUCCAACUAAGAAUUUGAAAGAAAAGGACAUCAAGCGCCAGACAUUGGUGGAGCUUGUGGAUUAUGUAACUUCUGCAAAUUGGAAGUUCUCAGAAACUGUCAUCGAAGAAAGUAUAAAGAUGGUAUCUGUGAAUUUAUUUAGGUCACUUACUCCACAACCCCGUGAGAAUAAGGUUUUAGAAGCCUUUGAUCUGGAAGAGGAGGAACCCUUGAUGGACCCUGCAUGGCCUCACUUGCAAAUUGUGUAUGAAUUCUUUCUGAGGUUUGUUGCAUCUCCUGAGACAGAUGCAAAGUUGGCUAAGAGGUACAUUGAUCACUCUUUUGUUCUCAAGUUGUUAGAUCUCUUUGAUUCUGAGGAUCCAAGGGAGAGGGAGUACCUGAAGACAAUUCUACAUCGCAUCUAUGGGAAGUUUAUGGUUCAUCGCCCAUUUAUCAGGAAGGCUAUUAACAACAUCUUCUUCCGUUUUAUUUUUGAAACAGAGAAACAUAAUGGGAUUGCAGAACUUUUAGAGGUUUUAGGGAGUAUAAUCAAUGGGUUUGCUCUGCCUCUAAAAGAAGAACAUAAAUUGUUCCUUGUUCGGGCACUAAUCCCCCUUCAUAAACCAAAGUGCUUACCUAUGUACCAUCAGCAGUUAUCAUACUGCAUUACACAGUUUGUGGAAAAAGACUGCAAGCUUGCAGACACUGUUAUAAGGGGUUUAUUGAAGUACUGGCCUAUCACUAAUAGUUCCAAGGAGGUGAUGUUCCUAGGUGAGCUGGAGGAAAUCUUAGAAGCGACCCAGCCAGCAGAAUUUCAAAGAUGUAUGGUACCCCUGUUCCAUCAGAUAGCUCGUUGCUUGAGCAGUUCACACUUCCAGGUGGCAGAAAGGGCUUUGUACUUGUGGAACAAUGAUCAUAUUGAGAAUUUAAUCAGACACAACCGAAAAAUUAUACUGCCCAUAAUCUUCCCUGCCUUGGAAAAGAAUGGACGUAACCAUUGGAAUCAGUUGGUCCAGAGCUUAACUGUUAAUGUUCGCAAGAUCUUUGCUGAUAUUGAUCCUGAGCUGUUUGAAGAGUGCUUAAAGCAGUUUGAAGAAGAGGAAGCAAAGGCUGAUGAUCUGAAAGCGAAACAUGAAGCCACAUGGAAGUGCUUAGAAGAGAUUGCUGCAAAAAAAGCUGCAAGUAGUGAAGCAGUGCAUGUUCCCCACACUGUACCCACCCUAACAACUUCAGGCUAGAGCUAUAGGGAUAUCCAUGUUUUGUAUAAAGUAUUCAUUUUUAUUGAUUGGUCUAGGAGCCAAAAGAUGGUUAUCAAGCUUUAAAAGAUAGAAAAAAAAUGUCCAAUUUCUUUGUCGCUGCCCUCCAAUUUUUUCUGGUUCUCAAAGUCCUGAAAUUCAGGGGAAACCUUUGUUAAGCAAUGGAGUUGAGAAGCCAUUUGCUCGUGGGGAUCUUAUACAAGGUACAUUUGGAGCAGGAGUUAACAAGUUGUGCUCCACAUUUAUGAUGAGGAAAAGGGGACAUAACUAGUUAGUUUGGCCUUCUUAUAGUUGAUAUUUAAGCGUCUCAAGGAGCUACAAAUCACAGGUACUUAAGCACUCAGUCUUGAUUUUAAUUGUUUUUGAUGUACUUACUGAAUUUCUUUACCUCAUAUCUUAUGUGUAUGUAUAAUAUAUAUAUUUAUUUUGUAAAAUUGAACUUUGUUGGUGUGAAUUGGUACUUUUGCAACUAUGUUAAUUUGAAAGAGUGUGAUUCUUUUU